UCAUUUACAGCCGGAGCUGAAGGUGAAGCCAUGGAAGAUCCACAGAAACGCUUGGUUUCGCUCUGUGUUGGCUGUGGUCAUCAGAUUCUUGACCGUUUUAUCCUGCGUGUGUCCCCGGAUCUGGAGUGGCACGCUGCGUGUCUGAAGUGUUCGGAAUGUGAGCAGCACCUGGAUGAGUCGUGCACCUGCUUCAUCAAAGAUGGGAAAACCCUGUGCAAGAAAGACUACAGCAGGUUGUACGCCUCCAAGUGCCCAAAAUGCCUCCGUGCAUUCAGCAGUCAUGAUUAUGUGAUACGUACACAUGGUGGAAUUUAUCAUGUGCAGUGUUUUCGGUGUAUGGGCUGUGAUCGUCAGCUGGUACCUGGAGACAGAUUCACCCUGCGGGAUGGAAACCCACAGUGCGCUGCCCACCCACAGCACUGCAGGGGAGUAAGGCCAGGCAAUGUCCAGUCUAAUCCUCACUGGUUGGGGCCUCAGAGGUCAGACAGAGUGACCCGUGUAAGGACCGUGCUAAGUAAAGCUCAACUGCAUACGCUGCGGAGCUGCUAUAGUGUGAACCCGCGACCGGAUGCUAUGCUGAAGGAGCAGCUAGUGGAGAUGACCGGUCUGAGUCCACGGGUCAUCAGAGUCUGGUUUCAGAACAAACGCUGUAAAGAUAAAAAGAAAAGCACAGCAGCCAGACAGAUACAGCACCAGCCACUCCAGCAGGACAGCCUGUUUGCUGCCAGUCCGGACAGUCUGGACAGGGACAUUCUGAUGACUCCACUGGAUUUCCAGAGUUUAGAGCCAUCUUGGAAACUGCUAACUAACUUCUCCUUACAUUCUGACAGCGAUCAUGACCAUGUACCAGAUCAAUAUCUGGAUUGUGUAUUAGAGACGAUGACGAGCUGCUCUUCUGCUGGAAGUGAAAUCGUGCCGAUAUCCAUUGAUCUGCCAAACACACCCAGGAGCAUCACCAGCAGCCCAGCAGAGGCUAAAAAAUAAUCUAAUCAUGCAAUAAUAAUGAAGCAUAAUG